UGAAAAAAUUACACUCAACCUUUUCCCUUUUCCCCCUCCGUGUGCAUUGUAACACUGCGAGAAAAGAAAAAGAAAGAAAAAAGAAAGAAAGAAAAAAAGAGAGAAAAAAAAAGCUUCGACACAACACAAUAAUUCUGGAUAUGAGACGUGGAUGAAUUAGAGCUGUUCACUCGGAUGGAGAAAACGCGCUGUAUGAGAUAAAGUGUGAGCAGCAGAGAUGUAGUGUGUGUUCUGCAGUGGGAGACUCUGAUGCCUCACCAUGUUACUGUUCCUGCUGUUGGUCCUACAUCUUGAAGCCAAUGCUCAGAUAGACCCAGGACAGUGUCGCUACCCUCUUGGCAUGGAGGAUGGCAGAAUAAAAAACGAUGACAUUACAGCCUCCAGCCAGUGGUACGAAACGACGGGGCCGAAGUACGCCAGGCUGAACAGGGAGGAAGGUGAUGGCGCCUGGUGUCCUGCCGGUCAGCUGCAGCCGUCUGAUGUCCAGUACCUGCAGCUGGAUCUUCAUCAGCUCACCUUCCUCACAGUGGUUGCCACACAGGGUAGAUACGCACGCAGCUCCGGUAACGAGUUCGCUCGCAAGUACCGGCUCUCCUACAGCCGAGACGGCCAUCGCUGGAUCCCCUGGAAGAACCGCUUUGGCAGCGAGAUUAUCAUGGCGAAUGUGAACACGUACGCGUCGGUGGUGAAAGACCUUCACCCGCCCAUCAUCACUCGCUUCCUCCGCCUCAUCCCUGUCACGGACACUGUGCAAACUGUCUGUAUGCGUGUUGAGCUGUUUGGCUGCUCCUGGCAAGAUGGGUUAACGUCAUACAGCGCUCCUGAGGGCCACACCAUGAUGGCUCCUGGAUAUGCCAACACCCCACUGAACGACUCCACCUACGACGGAAUUCAGGAGCGCAGGAGGGUGCUGGGUGGUCUGGGUCAGCUGACAGACGGUGUGAUUGGACUAGAUGAUUUCUCUCAGACUCGUCAGUACAUGCCGUGGCCUGGUUAUGACUACGUAGGCUGGAGAAACGACUCACUCGGACCUGGCUACAUUGAGAUGGAGUUUCAGUUUGACAGGCAGAGGAACUUCACCUCCAUGAAGGUGCACAGUAACAACAUGUUUGCGCGUGGAGUUAAGGUCUUCUCAUCUGUAUCGUGUGUGUUUAAGCCACGACUCAUCUCACAGUUUGAGCAGGAGCCUGUGGAGUUUCACACGGUUCUGGAUGACCGGAACCCAAGCGCUCGGUACGUCACCGUGCCUCUGGAGCGACGAGUGGCCACAGCAAUUCGCUGCAGGUUCUACUUCGCUGACACCUGGAUGAUAUUCAGUGAGAUCUCCUUUCAGUCCGUGACCAACCCUUUGCCCACCCUGAAGCCUCUGGUGAUGACAUCACCGUUUAAAGCGCAGAGCCGAGCACCGACUACAGUUACAUUAGCUCCAGACACCAGCACAGUAACAUCAAAGCCCCGCCCACCUGAAGACAGCCACACCUCCAUUCUGAUUGGCUGUUUGGUCACCAUCAUCCUCCUGCUGGUGGUCAUCAUCUUCCUCAUUCUCUGGUGGCAGUAUGUGUGCAAAGUCAUGGAGAAGGGUCCGAGGCGUAUCCUGGAUGAGGAGGUGAUGGUACAUUUGCCCUGCAGCAGUGACUCUCCACAGUCGCCCCCUCUGGACUCUUUGGACUCUCCAUAUGAGAGAGUGUUUCUGCUUGACACUCGGGAACACACUGAGCUUCGAGUCAAAGCCCCGGAUUGUGGUGGUGGUUAUGCUGAGCCAGACAUUACCCGAUGUACUCAUCACCAGAGUCUCCAGUCCAGUGUUCCUCACUACGCUGAGACCCUGAUAGUGAAGCUGCAGGGCGUUACGGGCAGUAACACAUAUGCUGUCCCCGCCCUCACUGCAGACUCUCUGACACGUAAAGACAUCACAGCAGCUGAGUUUCCAAGGGAACGCCUCAUCUUCCGGGAGAAACUAGGAGAGGGGCAGUUUGGAGAGGUGCACCUGUGUGAAGCAGAAGGUCUGGUGGAGUUUUUAGGAGAGGACGCUCCUCCGUUAUCUGAUGACAAGAGCUCCGUGCUGGUGGCAGUGAAACAGCUCCGAGCCGACGCCACGGCCAACGCCAGGAAUGACUUCCUGAAAGAGAUAAAGAUCAUGUCACGGCUGAACGACUCGAACAUCAUCCGCCUGCUGUGUGUAUGCGUGCACUCGGACCCUCUGUGCAUGGUGACGGAGUACAUGGAGAACGGAGACCUCAACAUGUUUCUGUCUCAGAGAGAGAUCGAGAGCACACUCACUCACGCCAACAACAUCCCCUCUGUCAGCAUGACGGACCUGUUGCACAUGGCUGUUCAGAUUGCAUCAGGGAUGAAGUACCUGGCGUCUCUGAACUUUGUGCACCGGGACCUGGCCACGCGGAAUUGCCUCCUGGACCGACAGCUCACCAUCAAGAUCUCUGACUUCGGCAUGAGCAGGAACCUGUACAGCAGCGACUACUACAGAAUCCAGGGCCGAGCAGUGCUACCUAUACGCUGGAUGGCCUGGGAGAGCAUCUUGCUGGGCAAGUUCACCAUGGCGAGUGACGUGUGGGCGUUUGGUGUGACUCUAUGGGAAAUCUUCACUCUGUGUACGGAGCAGCCCUACAGUCUACUGACAGAUGAGCAGGUCAUCGAGAACAGCGGAGAGUUCUUUAGGAACCAGGGGAGACAGAUCUACCUAUCCCCUCCCCCACUUUGCCCCCCUCCUCUGUAUGAGCUGAUGAUGCGUUGCUGGAGGCGUGAAAUCAGAGACCGCCCCUCCUUCAAUAGCCUGCACCAAGCCUUACGGCUCUACUCUCCCCGUUCCUGACUGACUUACGGUCCAGCAAAUCAGCCUGAGCCUGACCCAACCAUUCAGCUCUGAGCCUGAACCUGACCCAACCAGUCAGCUCUGAAUGUGAGUUUGACCCAACCAAUCAGCUCUGAGCGUGAGUUUGACCCAACCAAUCAGCUCUAGAUGUGAGACUGCAAUCUUUCCCAUGAGGAGAAAUGAAAACUGGACAGCUUUGAUGUGGUGGCAGUGGAAGAGAGAACUGACAAUGAUGAUGAUGUCAUUUUGAGACACUGUUUUAUAGGUUUCAGUCCUGGAGCACCACAGAGUGACGGAGAGGCCUGUUGGGACUCGAUUUGGCUCCAGUUUGUAGACACUUGAUGAUUUUUGUAUGUUCAUUUUCUUUUAUAUUUUGAGUAAUUGUUUUCUUUUCCUGUCUUUGUGAUAUGAUGUGUCUCUGAGCCUACUGUACGCUCACGGCCUUAAAGACAAUUCAGCUCAGAAUUAAAUGUACACCAGUCUUUUUAAACCCAUAAAGCCAUUUUAGUUCAAGUGUGAUUUAGUGUCAUGUAGUUUCUAAACUGAUGGCUGUAGUCUUUCUUUACUUAUUAACUACAUUGUUCUCAGCCUCCAUAUCCUGGCUGAUCAGGGGGAGUUGUGUACAUUUUUUUUUUUUGCUGAAAUGUUUCUUUAAGUAACCAACUGGAGGAGUGUGUAUGUGUGUGUCAGCCCUGUGGUCCCUCAUCGCUCAGCACUACUGCGCGCGCAUGUGAGCGUGUCUGUGUGUGUAUGUGUGUGUUCACUCCCUCCCCACACUGGAGUUAUGAAUGAAUCCUGACUAUAAUGUGGAUUGUUGUUUUUUUUUUUUAGUUUUCUGUAUAUGAAUGUUCUACAGGUCUAUCUGAGAGAGCAGAACUACUGUCCUAGCUAAACAAGUGGAACAAUUUCCUUGUGUGUGAGAGAGAGAAAGAGACAGACAAGACGCAAUUCCUUAUUCAUCCCUGCUGCAGUACUACAGAUACUUGUAUGUUGAUGGUGCCAAAACUUUCCCCAAGUCAUUCCUCAGACUACGAGUAUGUUUCUGAAAGCAAUAUGUCACAGAACACUGGCAACUUUUCCACACCAUAAGCACCUCCAGAAAUGCAUUGUGGGUAGUGGCGUGAGCUGAAUGCUGUAAAGUCAUUUGGAAUGUUGCCUGUGAAUCCCUUGUGUGUUACCAAAUGAUCUGAUAGAUCUAGGACUUUGUACAAGGCACGCACGAACCCAAACACCAGAAAGAGCAUCUGAAGUGUGUAGAAUGUGUGAACCCAAGCCCUGAGCUCUCCCUUCUGUACUGAAGGCUCUUGACUCUGCAGCAGAUGUGUACAUGAUGCUGAACGUCUCUGAACAGCACCCCUUUCCUCUCUCAUCACUGAUAUUAUAUUUAGCUUUGUUAUGUGCUUCGUACACUUUCAUUUAUGUUUCCUGUGUGCAUGACGUUCACUCUGUCUCUGUUUUCAGUUUUUAUUGUUUUGGAGUUUCUCCACUUCCUGUGUGGUUCAGCUGCUCACAGGUUCAGCUCUCUGGGGGAUUUAAGGAGGAUCUCCUGUGUUUGUGUGAUUGAGUGGUGAGAGUAAAGUCCCGCUGUGUAUGUGUGUGUGUGUGUGUGUGUAAUCUCUGUUAUAAAUAGAGUAUGUAUUGUUGUGGCGUGUACAUAAGCAGAACAGAUAUGUGUAAUAUAUAGGGGGUGAAGGAGGACAUGUGGCAUAGCAUUUCCCUCAGAGCUUUUCUUCUGCUCCUGUUUCUUUACUUUUACAUUAAAUAUCAAAUCUGACUCCA